AUGGGCCUCACCAAGCCAGUUGUAGCUAUCUUUUACCAGGCCCUGCCGCCACCCAUGUACGGGGGCGUAAGCAAGCCCCCCAAGCCGGGAGGCUACCGGGAUUCUGGCGCCGACAUCGCUUAUGCACUGCAACGCGCCGGAACUACCAUUCUUACACCGGUAGAGUCUCCAGACCCGGCAGACCAGAAUCAAUGGUGUUUCCCUGACACCGAAGAAGGAAUCCUCUCCGCAAUCCAGAGAGGCGCCACGCACCUCUGGGCGAACACAGUCCUCUUCGCCGAACACCCACUGCAGACCUCAUCACAACUGACUCCCUUCGAGUCCAGCGUGAGGGUAGUCGGCCAACCGCCGCUUUGCGCAGACAAAUUCGACGACAAAUCAUUCACAAACGAUCUCCUGCGCCAGCGCGGCGGACUGACACUGCCCAAGUCCUGGACAGUGGAUGAUCCGCGCGUGGCGCCAGAGAACGGCAAUGAAGCCUCAGCCCCAGUCUCUGGACUUGCGCAAGCGCAGCAGCAACAGGUCCAGGAAACACUCGACGAGGUACUGUCCUUGAUCCAGGAAGGGGAUUAUCCUAUUGUCGCGAAACCUGUUCGCGGCCGGGGUAGUCACGGCGUGAAGAUUUGUCGGGACGCAUUGGAGCUGGGCGAGCAUGUGGCGCGGCUCUUUGAUGAAUCGCCCCGUGUGCUACUGGAAGAGUACUUGACUGGGGAAGAAGGAACAAUCACAAUUAUGCCGCCAUGCCAUGAGGCGGGCUUUGAGAGUUCAGAGCGGCGUUCGGCGGGUCAUUGGGCUUUGCCACCCGUGACGCGAUUCAAUCAUGUUGAUGGGAUCGCGCCGUACAGCGGUAAGAUUGCUGUGACGGUUAAUUCGCGGGCUGUGACUGCGGCAGAAAUGGGGGCGGAUCCUGCAUACGCGAAUAUCAUGCAGGAGUGUGAGGUUGUGGCGGGGUUGCUGGGGACGACUGCGCCGCUGCGCAUUGAUAUUCGACGAUUUAAGGCGGGAUCGAAGUUUGCGUUGUUUGAUAUCAAUAUGAAGCCGAAUAUCACGGGUCCUGGACGUCCUGGUCGCGACGAUCAGUUGAGUCUCAUGGGUCUUGCGGCUGAGCGUAUCGACUGGGAUUAUUCGACUUUUCUGCACUAUGUGCUUGGGUCGGCGCAAGAACUUGGUCAUCUUCGACAGUACAGUACCACGCUUGGCGAAUAG